UUUGAUUCUUCGUUUACCAAGCGCUCGCGUCCGGGUAGGGCCGGCCUUCAUGGAGACUUGGCUUGCAUGUCUAGUGGCUUUGCUGGGAACCGCCUGUGUGGCCGUUUUUGGAAUGCGGGCCUACCAGUCGCUGCGGCGGUGGCAAAGGAAGCAAGCACGUUUGGAUACCAUCAACAAUGAGUAUGAGAAUUUGCGAUCGAUCAGGAAGGAUGCUGUGUAUCAUCAUGGAUGGGCACAGUCCCGUGGUGAGUUCAAAGAAGCCCAAGACCACGAGGCUCACGUGGAGGACAUCGACAAGUGCAUCCGGCAGCAAUUCUCCGGUGAAACGAAGAGUCACGAAGAGGAAGCUGGCCAUUCUUCGAGAGCAGUACAAAGCUGUUGAGGACGGGCGGCUCGAUGACUUCGCUGGAGUUGUGAUCAAUGAAGGAUCCAAGGAGAAAUGACCUCUCAAGCGUUGAAAAGAAGAUUACAGUGCUAUGUUUCCGGGACGGGAUUACAAUGCCUGAGAUGUCC